ACUUUAACACAAACUAAAAAGUCUAAUAGUAUUGAAGCAGACCAUCAUCUUCAUCAUCAAAAUGAGUCUGACAGUUGAAGAGAACAUAAAGGCGCAGCUAGAGGUUCGCAAAAACGCUCACAUAAUGUUGGUUGAUGGAAUGUCUAAGCUAAAGACUCACAAAGUGAAGGAGGUUCAGUCAUCGGUUUUCAAUGUAUCUGGUCUCAAAUGGAAGUUGAUUGUUUAUCCAGCUGGGGAGGACGGCACAAAGGAGUAUUUAUCUUUUUAUCUAAAGAUCAAAGAUAAAAAGUCUUUAGGUCCUAAUUGGGAAGUCAAAUGCAGUUUCAAACUCACCAUAGUUCCUCAGAAUGGAUUUAAUAGGUGCCAGUCUUCUGAAUGGCUUACGGAGUCUUAUAACGCAAACCAAAGAAUUAUUGGGGAAGACAGCUUCAUAUCAUACGAGGAGUUGAAGAAGAAGUAUCUUGUGAAUGACAAAGUGGUUUUCUGUGCCGACAUCACCGACGUCCGACCAAACUUUCCUGUGACCAAUACAAUCCCUCGAACCAUUGGGACAGCGGAACGCAUAACACUAACCGAGGUGUCCAAAAAAGACUCUAGAUUCACCUGGAAGAUCACUCAGUUUUCUUCCUUCGACGUUGGUGAUUAUCAUUUUUCCAACGAGUUCAAGCUUGGACAACGGAGAUGGAAACUAAAAAUGUUCCCAAAAGGAUGCGGCACUGGGAAAGGAAGUUACUUGUCUUUGUUUUUGACUGUGGGCGAUUUCGUGACCGCUGAUCCAAUGGCAAAAACAUUGGCCGUCUAUAAACUGCGAUUGUUGGACCAAUUCAAACGCAAUCACUAUGAAACUAACAGCUGCAAUAAGUGGUUUACUACUAACCCGGAUAUUAUUCGUACCGGUUGGGGCUGGCACCAAUUUAUGAGGCUGAAUGAACUCCAAAAUGCUUCAAGGGGAUUUCUUGUGAACGAUGAGAUGUAUCUUGGAGUUGAGUUCAUACUUCUCUCCACCACUGAGAAUCUCUGAUGUGCACUGAUUGAUUCAACGAUCGAGUACCGCAAGAAUAUAUACCUCCUGAUGAACUUAUCUACCUGUAUUAUUAUAUAUAUAUAUUUGAAUACCGUGACGUGUGUUUAGAUAUAAUGCAUGAUACAAACAUGCAAGUUUAUACAAAAGUAAAAUAAAAAAAAGUGACGGAUCAUCAAAAGUUGCAAUUGUAUCGUGUGUCACGAUAACAAUCAACCGAAUCCGUUGCUACGUAUAUUCUCUUAUGGAAGAGAAAGCUGCUUGUGCACGUGUACCUCUCUUGUUUGUAAUAACUAUACUAGGUGUUUAGCCCGCGCCUUGCACAGGCGAAGAGGUUUUAACAAAA